CCCGGCGGCCGCUGGGGUCUCGCGAUAAAGGCUCAUUGUCUCGCGAGAGCGCGUCUGGCAGACGGACUCUCGGGCGGCCGCGGCCGGCGCAGAGGAGCUGCAUGUGUCGCUUCGGCCGGCGGUAGUGGCGGGAGCGGCGGCGGCGGGGGCUGUGUGACCGCCCGGGUGCGCGCGAUGGCUGCUGACAUCUCGGAGUCCGGCGGGCAGGAGUGCAGGGAGCCGGGCCCCGGCCUGGACGGCGAGUACCCGCUCCGCGUCCUCUACUGUGGAGUUUGUUCAUUACCAACAGAGUACUGUGAAUAUAUGCCUGACGUUGCUAAAUGCAGACAGUGGUUAGAGAAGAACUUCCCAAAUGAAUUUGCAAAACUCACCGUAGAAAAUUCACCCAAACAAGAAGCUGGAAUUAGUGAGGGACAGGGAACAGUAGGGGAAGAGGAAGAGAAGAAAAAACAAAAGAGAGGUGGAAGGGGUCAAAUUAAACAAAAAAAGAAGACUGUACCACAAAAGGUUACAAUAGCCAAAAUUCCCAGGGCAAAGAAGAAAUACGUAACAAGAGUGUGUGGCCUUGCAACCUUUGAAAUUGAUCUUAAAGAAGCACAAAGAUUUUUUGCUCAGAAAUUCUCCUGUGGUGCCUCAGUAACAGGAGAGGAUGAAAUCAUCAUUCAGGGAGACUUCACAGAUGAUAUAAUAGAUGUCAUUCAGGAAAAAUGGCCAGAGGUGGAUGAUGAUAGCAUUGAAGAUCUUGGAGAAGUGAAGAAGUGAUUUUGAAUAUUUGUCUGUAUUUAAUGAUCUGGACUGAGAGUUGGUGUGGCCAAAGGGAGAGAGGCCUUUUCAAAAUAUAUAUAUUUAUCCUGCAGUGAAACUGUAGGCUACCCUCACCGUUGGCAUUUCCACUGUUCUGUACAAGGCUGCUUGUUUUUUUUAUUGCCAAAGUCUAAUAAACAGGGGAGACUGUCAUGCUUAUGCAUGAAAUAGAAUUUAGUCAAAUAAAAAUUUCUGGUCAUUUGGUACUGACUUUUUCCUCUCUUUUUAACUUUUUAUUUUUGGAAAAACAAAUAGAUGUUUUGUGGAAAGGUUUUCUGUUGAAAACAAUCAUAAUUUCAUCAAACCAUGGCUUUGAAGCUGAGUACUAUUUUGAAGACUUGAAUUUGGCUUCCUCACCAGUAAUCAUUGUCCCCUUGCUGCUUUGGUGUGAGUUUGAAGAUGCUCGAGCAUCUGAGGCAUCUGUGGUUGAAUUUGCUUCAUUGAUUGCAACCACAUCCACUCUGUGGAUACAUUUAACGUACUGUUGGAGUUCUUCAGCUCUUCUGGAGAUGAUUUGGUAUAGUAUAUUAAAAGCCUUAAAACCAUC